UAUUCGCACGCGCAGAAACGUCUUCAACAGAGAGACAACAAGACGACUCCUCUCUGUUUCUCUGUUUCUCUCUAUUGUGGGAACGUUUGGAGUUUAGAGAGAGGAAUGGGGGUGAAGAGGUUCGCGGUGCUGCUGUGCGCGCAGGAUUCGGAGUACAUGAGGAGUCAGUACGGGGGGUAUCAUGGGGUUUUCAAGGGAAUGCUGGGCGAGGAGGGGGAGGUCUGGGACGUGUACCGCGUGUCCGCCGGGGAGCUCCCCGACGACGGCGAGAUCGAGCUCUACGACGGCUUCGUCAUCACCGGCAGCUGCAACGACGCCCACGGCGACGACGCCUGGAUCUGCGAGCUCGUCAGCCUGCUGAGGAAGCUCGACUCCAUGAAGAAGAAGGUCCUCGGCAUUUGCUUCGGGCACCAGAUAUUGGGGCGUGCACUGGGAGGCAAAGUUGGACGUGCCGAAUCAUGGGACAUAGGACUGACAACUAUACAACUCUCUCCAUCCUCUAAGCACUUCUCAUCGCUCGAACUUCCUGCACAACUCUCUGUGAUCGAAUGCCACCGGGAUGAGCUGAUGGAACUGCCGGAAAAAGCGGAGUUGAUGGCAUGGUCGGACAAAACGGGGAUCGAGAUGUUUAGGUAUGGGGAUCAUAUGAUGGGCAUUCAAGGCCACCCAGAGUACACCCUCGACAUCCUUCUCCACCUCAUCGACCGUCUCGUCCUUCGCGACCUCAUCACCGAGUCGUAUGCUGAUGAUCUGAAGGCCAACAUGGGGACAUGUGAGCCGGACAGGGAGGCGUGGGAGAAACUCUGCAUCAACUUUCUCAAGGGUGGUUUCUUGUGAUCAAUUCUUUGAUUGUAGUUAGAAAUAAAGCGCGCAAAAAGAAAAAAAA